AUGCCAAACGAUCAGCCUAACGCCGGCGGCGCGUCUCCUAUGUAUAUCGUUGACGAAUACCCGAGGGAGCAUUACGUACCAGUGGCAACAGCCGGUGCGUAUAAACAUGUCCUGCUGGCUGGCACCGGCGGCGUUGGAGACACAUGGAUCUGCGUACGUAGCCCUUCGGCCGCUGCAGUUGCUUCCGCUUCGGAGACUCCUGCUGAAGAAGGUGGUCAGAUCCCUCUUUACGCAGUGAAAAUCCCAUCGAUGAGGAAGCAGGACUUUCUACCGCAGGAGAUCACUGCGCUGCAACAUGUAGCGUCAAUACCCGCCCCAACAAACCGACAUAUCCAGAAAUAUGUGGAUCAUGACCAAUCCGGGAGGAGUAAGGACGCGAACUGGCUCGCAAGUGAAGCGGUCAUAGGCUGUACGCUUCUGCAAAUGAUCCAAGCUGCAGGAGACAUGUUAACGCCGUUGCCAAAACCUCUUGUGCUAACGAUCGCACUGCAACUCUGCGAUGCUCUCCAAGCGCUUCGAGACAUGGAUUCGCAGUUCUCUCACGGAGACCUGGCCUUAAGUAACAUCAUGCUCGAUUUGGAAGAGCGAGGCGACAAAGGAGCUCCAACUGUUGUAGUGAUUGACUUUGGUCGCGGUCAUUCACGCACAAGCCCUCACGAAUACGACUUGGACCUGUCGACAUUCUACCGGGUUGUUGGUAAGAUUGCUGAGUUGCAACGUGAUCCAACUGCUGAUCAAGAUCCGCUUUGGGACAGCUUCGUGGGGUUCGUGGCCUCAUCUAACUGCUCUUUCGACAAAGCGCCAUACGAGACUUUCCGCACGCAGUUCCAGGCGUAUGGCAACAAGAUCUUGGAUAGCAUGUCGGAAGAAGAUGGGGAAGUCAUGGACGCGAUGUUGAAAGAAGCAUCGAAGGUCAUGCUGAAGGCUCGUGCAAUGGCUAAAGAAGCCGUUGAUAAGCAGAAUCAAGACUAA